CCAUGAUUGCAUUCAAUGGGAAAUUAUUAUUUAGGUGACUAUCUCCUUGACUGCUGCUCAAGCCCGUCUUCACAAUAUGAGGGAAGAAAGAGACCAAUUCUAUGAAGCUAAUGAUCAGAUUGUUGCCCAUUUAAAAACUAGGGAAGAAGAGCUAUCAAAAUCCAUUAAAUCAAGCCGAGCAGAAGCAGAUGUUCUAAGUACUUGGAUAAAUUUUCUGGAAGAUACUUGGUCUCUUCAGUGUUCUCAUACAGACACAAAAGAGAAGGAAACCAAUGAUGAAUUGCAGACACAUGAAGGCUACUUUUUAAAUUUGGUUAUUCAACUACUUUCGGCCUAUGAGAAUGAGUUGAGACCCUGUAUUGAUCGCAUUGAAAAAUACGUGGAGAAUUUGAAGAGUUUAACCGAAGGGUCAGCACUGGCUGCUAACAUGGAAAAUGAUUAUUCCAAAAUACUGAACCCAAGGAAAAGUCUUGAGGAGGAAUACCUCAACUAUGAAGCUAAGAUCGUAACGACUUUCAGCGUAGUGGACAACAUGAGAGAUCAGUUCUAUGCUCAACAAGGAUCGGUCUCCAGUUCAUUCAGUAAAGAUGAUCCAAAGGUUAAAGAGCUAUUCGACAAAAUUGCUAAGAUAAGAGAGGAAUUUGAAUCUAUAGAGAGACCAAAUCUAGAAAUCGAGAACCCCCCUCCACGGGCAGAUACAUCAUCUGGUGAGAAGCUGGAGGAAAGUGUUGUACACUCCUUGGAACUAGCUGCAGAGGCACCAGAAGCCGGGAAAAUCAAGCACCAUGAGCAACCCAGUAACAAGUCUGAGCAGGUGCUUGACCCUGACGCUGAAUUGGCAAAGCUGGAGUCUGAAUUUGGUAAGUCAAACAGGGAUUACUCUGCAGAAGAAAUUAAUGACUGGGAAUUUGAUGAGCUCGAAAAAGAGUUGAGAUCUGGUGAUUCAUCGGGGAAAUAAAUAGAAACUAUCAAUCAAGAUGGACAAAUGUUGUAUCAAAUCCUAAACUAUUAGCAAGUUGAAUUUGUGUAUGAUGUAGUAAGCUCCUCAAGGCUUAUUUUGUCCUUGAAGUCCACUAUAUGCUUGUUGAAGUCCAUUUUAUUUAUUCUUGUGUAAAUCUUUAAAAAGUAUACUAUGUAAACUUGUAUCAAUGGCACAAAACUUUGUGGAUGCAGGUGAGAGUUUAAAACGA